UUAACGGACUUGGAGGUGGACAAUAGCUUAGGUCGAGUCAUAGCUACGCUCGUGAAUAAUUCAUCAAGGGGGCGACUGGCGGCUACUGAAAGGAAAGGACGAGUCCCGAAAGAGAAGGAGAAGAAGUCACCGGAGGAGGUGGCGAAGAGACGGCCCGUAAUCUCUGCUAAAGAAAGAGGUCACCCGGGACGCUACGCUCUGCCGCCGACGGUGGGCUACGUCGACCACGAUGUCACCGAGCCCGGCGGCUCCGCUUACUCCUUCCGCACCCGAAUGAGCAGCACCAUGAUCUCUGUAGACUCCAGCCCAGGACCGAGAUACCACGUCGGCGCUAACGUGACGCGCUUUGGCCGAGCGGCGAUGCCCUCUUACACCAUGUUGGGCCGAGGGAAGCGCAUUGGUAGCAAAGGUGACAAGUUCCAGACACCAGGACCGGGGACCUACAAGCCACAACAUGCAAACGCCACACAGGCGGGGCCGGGAUUUACAGAUGGAAAACGCUCAUUUGUGAAACAUAUUUGCCUUAAUGUUAACAGCUACACGCUCCCCAAGCUGCUGGGCAAUCAGGUCCCCGACAAGGCGUCCGGUGUCAGCUACAGCAUGUCGGCCCGCCGCCCGUCCGUGGACUUGGCCCAGAGCCCCGGGCCCUGCGGGUACAACAGCACCCGCCCGGACGUCUACCUGCGACGCCAGCCCUCCUUGUCCAUGCGGAGCCGGACCGAAAGGCCCACCUACCCCUCAGCCACCCCGGGCCCCGGUGCCUAUCGCCCGGAGCGUUCGGGGGCGCACCUCCGCAGGGCACCGUCCUUCACGAUGGGGGUCCGCCACUCGGAGUUUGUCACGCCGCUUGUGCUGGACUUCGCCCGCUGA